UAGCAGUGCAUUCCUGAAUGGCUGAUAUGUUAGCCUUCCAUAAAUUUGGGUGGGGUGUAACCUGAUCGUAUAACAUGUCCCUAGUUCUAAACGUGAAUGACAAAACAGCGUGAUCGCUGUUCACUAACGGUGGUAGAAUAUUUAGGUCGACAAUAUCCUUAGUAUCAUGAGUGAUUACCAAGUCCAACAGAGAAGAACCUUGGUUAACACCAAAACGUGUGGGUUUGGAUACAUGCUGCACUAGUGCAUGCUCCAUUAUUGUUAUCAGGAACCUACUAUCAAAGAAGUUUAUAGAUCAUUCCGUAGUCAUCUCAGUCCAACUAAUAUUGUCAAGCAUCUGGUAUUUGCACUCCAAAGAUGAAUGUGCUCUAAAAUAAAGUCAUCAGCUAAGCAGAUCGGGCUGCAAUAGAUGACACCGAGCAUAAAUGUACUACAUCUGAUAGCCAAUUUACAGUUAAUGACUUCACAAGUACCGCUACCGUGGGAUUCGCUAGCAGAGGAGCGAAUAUUUAUACUAUUAGGUAUAUAUGACAGGGCGCCACCUCGUUUUCUACAUCUAUGUCUAUCACUCCUGAAGUAAUGGUAUCCAGAUAAUUCUGGAGUAGUGUCUUAGUCAUGAACUAACCAAGUUUCUGUCACUGCUACAAUGAGUGGCUUUAAUCUGUGCAUUGAUGUUUCUAGCUCAUUUUUUAGACUACGAGCGUUGGUAUAUAAAACUUCUAAGUAGAACGGCCUAUCCACACAGGCCUUGAUAGCAUUCGCUUCCAAGACCUGACUAUCCGAAAACCCACUAACCGGAGAUUUUCCUCACCGUUUUGCCGACCGGUUUCUAGUUCAGCUAGUGCUCUCUUCCUUUUUAUCCUAUCUUCGAGAGACAUAUCAGGUCUAACUCGGAUGUCGGAAUUGUCGUGACAACGAGCGCUACUUAACAGGAGAUCCCGUUGCUUCUCCGAUCCUAGGAUUACCUUAAGGAGUCUGCAUGGUUGGGGUUCAACAUUGUCCUCAGUCCUCUUGCCUAUUUUAACCAGCUUUUUUUACCUGAACUCCUUUAGAGUUAUCUGGUAAGAUACUAUGAAUAUACUACUAAUAUCUUCAAUCAUUCAUUAAACUUAUCCGUAACGAUGGAGCCAUUAGACGUACAAGGAAUUAAGAGGCCAGGUACAAAAUCACUGACCUAGAUUUGAACAAAUUAAAUGAAAUAAGAACCUUUCCCUAGAGUUUACUUUCACCAUCUUAUCUGUUUUAAAAUGGUAUGUAGCUUAGUAAAGUUGGUAUUGUAAUCUAUGGUUGGAGACUGAGUGACAUAGCUCAUAAUCGAUAAUAAUGGUGUCGGUGUAUACAUUCUUUGUCUGCCCUUAAACCAUGAGAUUAAAAUUGCUUUAUUUCUACGAACUAAUUCUUUCUUAUUGUAUUAUAUUCUUCUAUACAAUCCUUCUUUUAUGUAUUACUGCCAUUGAAGUGACUACUAUGAAUUUUGUGUUCAUCUUGUUGUGCUAAUGAAGUUAGGCAAAUUGAACCGAUGCAUGUACGUGCCUGGUCCUACGUUGCAACUGACUGAUUUAGGGAUGAAAAUAAUAUAACGACAAGUAAUUAUCAAGUUCAAAUUGUUAUAGACGGAAUAGAAGGAGCAUUUGCUUAAAGAGCCUUUAUGUCUAAUAGUAUGUAAUCGAUGCUUCGAAGUAGGGACUUAGUUGUAUAAAACAAGCAGAAGAGAAGUGUUUGCAAUUUUGUGUGAUAUACUGUCCGAACUCUUUAGUAAUAUGGAAUGUUUUCCUUUGAAGGACUCUUAGAAAGUUUCUUAACCACCCCGGUUGUCAGGGAAUUCCAAGUCUUGACUACUCAUGAAGAUUAAACUCUUAAAAUGCUGUAGGUUGUCAGAAAAUCGCCUCUAAGUUCCCCUUACUCGAAUAACCAGAGAUCCAUUAAGUUAAGGCGUUCCUCAUAAAGUUUGAGGUUCAGCUCCUAAGCUGCGAUUUAGUGCUAUGCUGAUUACUUAGCUAUCACCUAUUCUAGUCUGUCAACAGUGACUGGAUAACUAUCUGGUUAAACUUACUCAUACGAUAUGGUCUACCCUAUCAAAAAACUUUGAGAAAUCAAAACUUUUUAAUGACCCUCCUCAAAACUAUUCGUUUGGUGUGAAAAGAAUUUUAUGGAAUGGACUGCGAUUUCUUGAACCAUAUCGUAUUCAGACUCAAGAUUUGUUUAUUUAACAAUCUGAAUUACAUUUCACUAUUUCUUGUUCAAGAUAUCGUCUGGAGAUAGUUAUAACGCUCUUAGGUACAUAUAAGUGUUUAUACUGAAAAAUCACUAGCUGGUUAUCAGAAAAAGUAAGGACUUCAACUCUAGAUUUUUAUGAUUAAAAUGUGAGCCUAGUUUUUGCGUCACAAAAAUUCCCAACUUAUAUCCAUAAAUUCAAUAUAGAUAGACUUUUAUUUAAGCAGGGGACGCUUGAAUAAAGACAUUUUAAAAGAUAUGGAUAUGAUUAUUAUUUUUGUAUUUAGACCACUCAUUUUGUUUAAUAUCACUUGAAAAAUAACAUUUGAUUCAAUAGAGUUUACAAACGUUUUCUUCCUGGUUUAGCUCUGUGAUCUUAGAGGGUUGAUUUGUGAUGUGCUACUCAUGUCGACAGAUAUAAGUAGUAUGUAUCAUCAAUCGAAAGUGAAAUACCUGGCAGUAGAAGGUUAAUAAGACUGAAGAAAAGAGAACGAGUACAAAGAAUGAUUGGUGUGCGAACGAAAUAACAGUGAAGUCUGAGACGAUUGAUUGACAUUUUGCAAAUAAACAAUUUACUGUAUGGUUCUCAAAUUUUACUAAGAUGUCCUGUAAUUUUGUAUUCAAACACAUUCGACUGUCUCCACUUUUGUUCUCGUUCACUACAGGUGUACUGCUUUUUUAUAGGACAUGCUUUCUUACAGGAUUGACUCUUCAAGAGCAAUACCCAACACGCAGUUACUACUCACGGACAUUUUUCCUCGAUUGCAAAAAUCGUAGUCUGAGAACUAACAGUAAAUAGUUAUUUUGUAUAUCGGAAAUAAUUCCCUAGUUUAUCUGAUGCUUAUUUAACCAAGCACAGUAGAAAAUUAAUUUACGCAACUAAACGCAUCAAUUUUUGAACUUCUGAUCGCAAAUAAUGUAAUUUGUGUCACAUCUAUAUUCUAUAUAUUAUGCGUUCAUCCUUCAGUUGAUUCAUCUAAAAAGUAAGGCCAAAAAUAAUGUCAGAUGACAGUGAUGCCUUUGCUAGUGCAGACGAAAGCAUCCAUGUUAGUGUUGAAGCGAACAACCCAGUGAAAAAUCAUCUACAGUCUAAUUUUAAAGAAAACGUCGAUAAUCACGACUAUAGUAAUCCAAAUAUUUUAUCUAAGCAACUUGCAAAUCUAGCGUCAUCGACAAAAAAGUCAAAUGUAGUUGAAUCAAGAAAGAAAACUGCCAAACAAACGAAAUUACAAUCUGUGCCCAAAAAGUUUCAAAAAGUAAGCUGAAAGUUUUUGUUUUUAUUUUAAUAGAAUAUAUGGUGUCUAGAUAAUGAACACUUUGGAAUUGAAAAGUUUUCUAUUAGUCUGUAUCUUUGUUUAUCUCACGUAAACAGAUGUAUUCGAAUAAUAAAAUUGAAUAGGGUCAGCUUUUUUGUGGAAGAUUUGGAGCCACACUGUAAUGUUAAUAAUCAUUCGCCAACAUCUUUUCACCAUAACAGUUAUCCAACUGUUAUCAGGAAAUCGUAACACUUGAUUGUCAUCCAUUAAGUGUAGUAUCUUUGUUCUAUUUUGCAUGACUCUUUGGCAAUGUAGUUGACUGUCAAACUGUCAUUGUGGUUUACAUAUUAGGGCAUAGUUCAUAAGUUAUUACUUUGAUUUGCAAAUUUUUAAUGAUUGAUCAACAUUUUUAUGAAAAUCAUCGGUUUUUUACGUUAACCGGUUAUUGCAAGUUUUGAAAGUACUUUUUUUUAUGGGAGUCCAGGUUAAUGAAACACCGUUGAAUAUCAACUCAAAGAAAAAUCUUGGAGAAGUCAAAUCUGUCGGGCUUAGCGCUAAUAAAAAUGAAAAACAUGACCAACAACUUUCAUCUUUCCGUCCUUCCAAAAAGUUUGAGGGACCAGUAAAAUGUGUAAAAUCUAAAAUGGAGAGAGUAGGUUCAAAUGAAGGGAAAAAUUUCGUAGCUAAACGAAGUGAUUUUCCGAUAAGUAAUAAAGAGGAACAAGUUAUUAAUGAUGACAUCAAUAAAUGUUCCAAAGUGAACGAAUUCAUAACUGAACGACUCCCUGUAAUAGCAGAUAUUGUAAAUCCCAUCACAUCACUUCAACUUCACUCUGAAACAUAUAAACUUUCGACAGUUAAAUCUUCAACAGAAGUAGAUUUCACAACUUCAGUUACUCCAAACAUCCCACGUGGUCAGGGUAAUGAGAUGAGUUCACCUGUUUUGCUAGGGGAUGUAAUAAAAAGAAAUCCGUCAUAUGACGAAGUACUAAAACGAAGAGUUGAAGUACAAUCUGGAGAGGAAAGCGAAAGGAAAGUAAUAUUAGAUACAUGGAACAGUGUUUGGAAUAUAUCGUGGACUAAUGACGAUGACAAUGAAGAGGAAGAUAACGACAAUGAACAGAGUGGUGGCUGGGAAGUAGACUUUCUGGAGGAAUCAGGCGAUAUAUCUGAAUCACAGUCAAGCAACAUAAAUUACUCAAUGUUUAAAAAUUCGAAGAGUCUUAACUCAACUAACAAUUCUUCAUGUGGUAGCCAGAUUUCGUCAAACAUAGAAAAGCGGGAUGUAGAACAAAAGACAAGUAGCAGCAAUUUUUCAUGGGGUUGGAGUGGUCUAUCUUCAUUCGGUCAACAAUUGACCUCUUCACUACAAGCAACUAGUUUAAAUUUAGUACAAGGAGGUGUCGAUGUUCUGGAACUGAUCGGACGUAAAACGAUGUCUGUAUUGGCUGAAAAUGAUCCUGGUUUCAACUAUACCAAAAAGUUUUUGCGUCCACCAAACGCUAUUAAUAAUUGUCCAAAUCUUUCUAAGUUGCUACGUGAAGCUUAUGAAUUGCAUACAUCUACCGAAUCAAGUAAUCAAAAACCCAACAUACAAAAAUGCAGUGAUUUCACUUAUCAACUAGAGUGUUCUCGUGCAUUACUUCAUUUAGAAUCAUUGGAAUUAGUUAGUGAACAAGCCAGUAAUCAGUUACACACUCGUUUAGAUUCUUUAUCAGUGGAUACUACUGAUAAUGAUAAUCUACUUGAAGCAAUAUGGACUAAUUUAAAUUUGGAUGAAGUAGAAAAUGGUGAUAAUGAUGACGAAUACGAUGUGGAUAAUCAUGAUCGCAGCACUGCUGCCAACAGGAUUUCUCCAACAUAUAAUUCAUAUGCAUCGAUAAUGAAGAAAUUCAAAACUAAACUCCCUAACGAUUAUAAUCUUGUCAAAGAUGAUAAAUCUGAUCAAGCAUUGCCAGAGAAUUUAAGUAGUCGAACUGUUCAAUUAUGGUGCAAAAUAACUGAAACAUCUGAUUGUUUAAACUCAAUUUAUCCAAAUGGACGAUUUUUAGAAGCUAUAACUAAUGUUUGGAAAAUGUGCGACUUCGAUAAGUCUGAAAAGUUAUCGACUGAAGAAAUUUACUUUCAAUCCAUUUCUUCAUUGGCACAAUUCACUUCGGCCUAUUUAGAAUAUUUACAUAAAUUCUCUGAGUGUAUUUUAGUUCACGUACAUAAGACUGAUAUAGAUUUUGUAGAAUUAUCACAAAUCUUAGCUUGCUUCUUCCGAAUCUCUGUUGAAGCUCUAGUUUGCCUUUCUCAAGAAUUCAUUAGAAAUAUAAAAAGUUUACAUGCGAAAAAGUCAACAGAAGUAUUUGAACAAGAAGGGUCAAAUUCUAACGUUGCUACCACUAUCACGACCCAAUUAUCAAAAAGUCAAUACAUUUUAAAUUUAUUGUUAGAAUGUAGUAAUGCACAAAAUUAUUUAAAAAAUGCAUCAAAUCUUUUAAUACCUGUUCUUCAAUUAGCUUGUUUAAAUCUUAAGUACCCAUCUAUUUUGCUCACACAAAAAACUAAGGACAAAGAAUAACUAUGUUUCAUUUAAUCGUUUCUCCACUUCCGAUGAUUCCCUUUUAUGUUUUGUGUGUGAAACGGUUUGUCUUUUUUAACACAGAAAAAUAAUUCUGUCAGUAUUUCGUGAUGAGAAACCAAUAAAUAACUAUUUAAUUACUG